CGCCGGACCGCGGGACGGACGGUGGGCUUCCGGGCUGCCACCCCUGCGCGAAUAAGAUGAACGGGACGCGGAACUGGUGUACCUUGGUGGACGUGCACCCGGAGGGGCAGACCGCGGGCAGCGUGGACAUUCUCAGGCUGGCUCUACAGAGUGAACUGACAGGAGAUGAACUUGAACACUUAGCCCAGAAGGCGGGCAGGAAGACCUAUGCCAUGGUGUCUGGCCGCUCAACCAGUCAUUCCCUGGCCUCAGAACUGGUGGAGUCCAAUGAUGGCCAUGAGGAGAUCAUUAAGGUGUACUUGAAGGGGAGGUCUGGAGAUAAGAUGAUCCAUGAGAAGAAUAUCAAGCAGCUGAAGAGUGAGGUGCAGUACAUCCAGGAGGCCCGGAACUGCCUGCAGAAGCUCCGGGAGGACAUAAGUAGCAAGCUUGACAGAGAUCCAGGAGAUUGUCUCCAUGGACAGGAGAUACAGGUGGUGUUAGAAAAGCCCAAUGGAUUAAAUCCAAGCUCCACGAGCCCAUAUAGCAGCUCACCUGAGGUAGAUGCCUAUAUAAAUGAAGAUGUCGAGAGCUUGAGGAAGACCGUGCGGGACCUGCUUGUCAAGCUGCAGGAGGCUGAGCGGCAGCACCAGUCUGACCGUGUGGCUUUUGAGGUCACACUCAGCCGGUACCAGAGAGAAGCAGAACAGAGUCAAGUGGCCCUUCAGAGAGCGGAGGACAGAGUGGAGCAGAAGGAGGCAGAUGUGGGAGAGCUCCAGAAGCGCUUGCUAGGCAUGCAGGCGGAGCAUCAGGCCUUACUGGUGAAGGUUAGGGAAGGGGAAACAGCCCUGGAGGAACUUCGGAGCAAGGACACGGACUGCCAAACAGAACGAGAAAAGGCUGCCAGUCUGGAAAAGGAAGUGGCUGGGUUGCGGGAGAAGAUCCACCACUUGGAUGAUAUGCUGAAGAGCCAGCAGCGGAAAGUGCGGCAAAUGAUAGAGCAGCUCCAGAACUCAAAAGCUGUGGUCCAGUCAAAGGACAGCACCAUCCAGGAGCUCAAGGAGAAAAUCGCCUACCUGGAAGCAGAGAAUUUAGAGAUGCAUGACCGGAUGGAACACCUGAUAGAAAAGCAGAUCAGUCAUGGCCACUUUAGCACCCAGACCUGGACCAAGACUGAGAACCUGGGCAGCGUGAGGAUAUCCAAGCCCCCCAGCCCUGAUAAGCCCCUGCCUCUUAUCCGAGUGGUGGAAACAUGA